AAGUGCCACACCUCCAUCCAUCGCCAUUAAAACAGUUUCUCUCUCUACUGUAAAACUUCAAUUCAUGAUUCACCCAAAUUUCAUUAAAAAGGGUGGAGCGAAGUAAGCUAGCUAGCUGAGAAAAGGAAUCUCUCUGUAACAAUUUCUAUUUUCUAUCGGGUUGGAUUACGUACCAAUGAACAACUAGAUAUGCGUGAUAAGGAGAGAGAAAAAGUGUGUAUAAAAGGUUAGAUUAGUGGGUUCGGCUGAUGCUACGGUAGGGACUUCGUCGGAGAAAGUCAUAGACAUGGAUCUUGAGAAUUAUUCAUUCUUCUUUUACAAAUAUUCAUCAUCUUCUCUUUCUUUCAGGUUUUCUUCUUCUUUCAUCCCAUUGAUUUCCAUGCUUUCUGGAAGUUUUAUAUCUGUGUUCAAACCCACUUCCCUUACCAAACCCACAUCCUCAUUUUCCCCUAUAUCUCUUUCCACUUCCAAUUCUGAAGAACAUGCCUGAUUCUCUAUAAAUUGUUUUUUUUUUUCUCACUUUUCACUUUUCAUUCUUCCUCUCUUUUCUCUCUUUCUCUUUUCUUUCUCAAUGUUGAUUGCUUCUUUGACUGGCUGGUGUCAUCAUCACCCUUCUUCAACAACAGCAACUGACAUGCCGGUGACCGGAAUAGCGGCUUCUUUGACAAUUCGUCAAGAUUAUUGUAAUCCCCGAUUUUUCAGGUACCCUUCAAACGGAAAUCAAACUGAUCUUAAGAAGUAUGCAAUUGGUGGGUUGGAGAUGAAUCAUCAUCAUCAUCGUUCUUCUUCGAUUGGAGACAACAAGAUGAACAUCACGAAGAAGAAGAAGAUCAGUUUGACUCCUAUGGCUAAUUCUACUCUAGCCUCAACAAACAACACCUCCAGUUCUGAUCUUUAUCAAGAGGUUAUUAAGGUAGCUAGGCAAAAGUUUACUCAAGAGAUAUCUUUCCAAUCUAAAGAUAAAGACAUCUCUCUUGCAAGGGUUUUGAUGUACAUUGCAGCUGAAGAUGAAGCAUUUGUAUCUUAUAACCGUGAAAUGGAUGGUAGGUUUGUAAAAAACGAGAGGGAAGAUACCCAAAAUCAAUCUGAAAACGAAGAAUGGGAAUAUCUUGAGACAAUGCCUUUAGGAGGAAAGAACAUUAAUGGUUGGCUUACUGAGUUAGAUUCUAUUGCUAAGGAAGUUGAGGCUGAGCUGGUUUCGCGAGAAAUAGGUUGUCAUUUCGUAGAGGUUUUGGAGGCAGUUAAUGUUGUUCUUUUUGGGUUGAGAGGUUUUAAAAGGUCCCCGGUUCUUGUUGAUCCAAAGUAUUGCUAUUUACACUCGGUUUUGAGUGAUGGAUGUGGAAGUGCGAUCUUACUUAGUAUAAUAUAUAUUGAGGUUUGUCGACGACUUAAUCUAACUAUUGUUGGUUCACGAGUUGGGGAAGAGUUUUUGAUUUGGCCCCAAAUGGGAAAUCCUGAGGAGCUUUUUAAGGUAACUUCUGGGCACAGUCUGUUUGGUGUUGUAAAUGGAAGAUGUGUAGAUGAUCCUAGAUCAAAAGCCUCAGAUUUAAACAGCAGUUCACUUUCUGGAUUAGACAUUGCCACAAACCGUGAUAUCAUUGGGAUUUAUCUAGCAAAUUUGAUUAGACUUCAUUGGAAACGUGCUUCGAGAAUGAACCAUGGGUUAAUGCUAACUUCACCACUGAGACCUGUUCAUGAUCAAAAUGAAUUAAACAACAACAAUAUAGACAGUUCAAAUAUUCCUUUGAUUCGACCUCAAGAUCUAAGGCUGGCUAUCAUGGCUUCAGAAAGAUUAUUGAUUCUGCAACCACAUAAUUGGUCUUUGAGGAGAGACCAUGGGAUGAUGUUGUACUAUAGCAGAGAUUACAAGAAAGCAGUCCAAGAGCUUAGCAUAUGCAUGGCGUUUGCACCAGAGGAAGAGGCAGAAGUUUUGGAACCGUUUGUGGAGAAAUUGCAUUUGCUGCAACUUGAGUCGUCUUGGAAGUCUCUUGGCCAAAAAGGUAGACACAAAGUCGGUUAGACUCUUUUUUUGGGUUAGAAAUCACUAUUUCUCGAAUUCAGGUCCUUUUUUUAAUUGUACUGUAAAUGCAAAGUCUUUUUCUUUAAAGCUAUAUUAUUCAGUUGCUUGGAAUGUGAUUGUAGUGAAGAUCACAAUUAAAUGGAAUGAACUUAAUGGUAAA